CGACGGGAGCCGUCAGUAUACGAAACGACACCUCGAACAGAGGAACUCGGCUCUUAGUCAUCUCCAAGCUGCAACAUGCACCUAUCGUUGCACUUGGCACCUUACGCGAAAUAAUAUCAAAAAACAGAACCGCGAUAGUCCCUCAUGUAAACAUUCCAUUAAAAUAUCCUUACAAAUUUGUGAUUCCAAGAUUGUCUUGAUCAGUUUAAAUCAACAAUGUUUUAAUUAUCGAUCUGGUACAUUGUUAAACUAAUCAGUCGAUGAAAGAAUAUAAACCUAUUGCCAUUUGCAGACUUGCGUACCGAACACUACUUGCACAAGAUAAUUGUGUAAUUAACCGGAGAUAAUCUCUCUCUCUCUCUCUCUUUCUCUCUUUCUCUCUUUCUCUCUCCAAUGUGACCAGUACUUUAUAUUAUAAAUUUGUAAACAAGUAUUAUGUGAUCGAUGUAAUGUGUAAGUUAAUUUUGUUCGUGUUCACCUAGUGCUCGUUCUCAAUCAACAGUUGCACGUACAAUCCAGAUCUCGAUGCAACAGAAACAAUUUCUUCACAAUUUAUCAAAGAAGAGGAUUUAAUUACCGACGAAGAAAUUAGACGAUUAGACCGCAACAAACACCACAACGAGGAGAGUUCAGGCAGUAAAAGAUGACGUGAGGGUCGGACAGUGACAGCAUAGAGAAGAGAAAACUGUUCACGAAAGCUUCAGCGAGAUGCGCCGAUAGUGAAGUCGGGAGAGCGAAAAUCUGUCAAGAUGCAUUCACUCGUCCUCCUUCUCUUUUUGCUGCUAUCUUUAACGUACGAAGUGAGAUUUGCUAGCUGCCAUCUGAUAGAUGGAAUCUUCACAGAACCGACUUUGGAGCCUGGGUACAAUUUGGUGGCAGUUAUCCCGCGUGGCGCCUUGGCAUUGAACGUGACCGAACUCCGCCACACUCAGAAUUAUCUUGCGAUCAGAUUACAAGAUGGCAGCUAUUUGUUGAACGGGAAUUACAGUAUCAAUUGGUCCGGCGAAUACAAGGCAGCCGGAACAACGUUUGUCUACCUUCGUCAAGGCCCUCAGAAUUUAGAGAGCUUUUCCGCUGCAGGUCCAUUACAGGAACCCAUAGCUGUCAUGGUUUUAUACCAAGAACCGAAUCCUGGUAUAGUUUAUCGAUACGUGAUUCCUGGAAAUACAAAUCUACCAAGAAGCACUCAUCUUGUGCAUAAUACAGUUUUCAAUAAAGAUCUUGAAGCUGGCUUACAAAAUCGAAGAGUUGAGAAUGAGUCUGCAGUGAGUGAUGUAACGUCUCCAUCAUAUUUACCACGGCGUUACAAGAAAAGGAAAUUCACUUGGAAAGCAAUUGGUUACAGCGAAUGCAGCAAAUCGUGCGGUGGAGGUGUUCAGGUACUCAGACACGUAUGCAUCAAGGAACACACGCAACAGCAAGUACCGGAAAAGAGAUGCCACGCGUUGGAAAAGCCGCGGGAAAUUCGUCUUAGAUGCAAUACCAGACCGUGUCCACCCAGAUGGCGUGGCGGACCAUGGAGUGACUGUUCCACUUCCUGCGGUGCGGGAGUUCGUACUCGAGAACUGGAAUGUGUCCAGGAGGUAAAACCUUCAUUGAUAGUGAGAAUUGCCGAUGGCGCCUGCACGGAGCCAAAACGUCUACCGACGAGCGAAGCAUGUGAAAUGCCAGAGUGCAACGAAGAAAUUAAACAAACUUUGAUGCAGACAUCUUCUCAAUUAUCGAUACCGCGAUGGACUGCGGGAGGUUGGUCGCAGUGUUCCACAUCUUGUGGCACAGGAAGAAGGACGAGAAUUGUAACUUGCGUUACUCAAGGUGCACCAUGUAAUCUCUCGGAAAAACCUGAGGCACAUGAAACCUGCGAUUUAAGACCAUGUCUAGCAAAGUCAGCGUCAUUGAACAUUGUUUCUGAGAAGCUUCAAAGCCCGCAGUGGUUAUUUACUGAAUGGUCUGAUCAUUGCUCCGCGGAAUGUGGAACUGGAGUUCAGACUAGAAGAAUCUUUUGUGAAACGAAUUCUGAUGACAAAUAUUGUGAUGAAUCGAGUCGACCUGAGACUUCGAGAGAUUGCGCAAGCAACAAGACUUGCAGCGGUCAAUGGUUUACGGGACCAUGGACAGAGUGUUCUUCAAAAUGUGAUUUGGGUGAGCAAGUUCGAGAUGUGGUAUGUGUAACGAUUCUUCGCGGUUCUCUACGUGUCGUUCUCGAUAUGAAUUGUCCUGCAAACAAGCCGGAAACGAGGAAACCCUGCAGAGAGCAUCCUUGCAUGUCCACUUGGUUUAUAUCGGAUUGGACAUCGUGCUCGCGAUCUUGUGGUAAAGGCAUCCAGAAACGCGAUGUCCGUUGCUUAAAUCCAGAUGGGCAAUUGCCAGAACCUCAUCAACUUCAUUGCCGAGAAGAGGAUCGACCAAUAUCCCGAAGAAUUUGCAACGAUCAUCUUUGCAAAGAUGAUCUACGAGUGCCAGGAAAUUCUCAUAGAGUUUUGCAAGUUCAGGACGAUUCCGAAAUAUCGAAUGGUGUUGAAGACAAUCAUCCACUUUGCAGAGAUAAAAUACCUAACUGUAACUUAGUCACGCAAGCUCGGCUCUGCUCUUACCAGUUUUAUCAAGAAUCUUGCUGUUUGUCAUGUUCUCGAGCUAAGCAAGAUUUGAAGUAGAAAUCAAGUUCAUUAUAACAUUUGAACGCAAGAUUACUUUUUAAACAAGUAAUUCCCGUUAAUAUCGCUGCCGAAACUCAGUGUCCCUCGUCUUUAUUGACAUAAGUGAUUUUGAUAAUAAUUAAUAAGAAUGGAAAUUUUGCACAUAUUCCACAUAAGAACGUAGAAGUCAGAAAGAGAGAUACCUAUAUGCUGCAGAGUAAUUUAAUGCAAAAGUUCGCAACUCUAUGUGAAUGAAUUGGAAAAAGUUUUUAUUGUAAGGAAACAUAAGAGACUGAUUGCGCAUAAUCGCUAAUUCGUUUAACCGCAGUGAUUUAAAAACAACAUUUAAAUCCGCAAUGUUUUCACAUAAUUAAUUGUGACAUUAUAUUAAUUAAUAAAUGUUAUGCUUUCUCAAUU